AUGUCUGCAACAUGGGAUGCAGAAUAUCUGCUCUACUCACUAGAUUCGAGUUAUAUCACCUGUCUCUUGCCUUCUUCACAGAAAGAUACCCGCAGGAAAGUACCAGGCCUUCAGCAAAACUUCUUCGCCUUCUCCAGCAAAAGGAGAGGUGGUCCUCAUAAGAGGGGUGUGGAAACAGAGACCCCACAAGUUCCUACCAACAUUGUUCCUUGUGCUGAUGACUUCACGUGUACCAAUGGCUGCUGUAAGAACAAUCCGUGUCUUAAUAGAGGAACCUGUACUGAGAUCUGUCAACCCACAAGUGUUCGGUACAAUUGUUCCUGUCCUGUACCGUUUUUUGGAAAACGAUGCGAGAUUCAGCAGAAAAGAAGCUGUCAAGAUUUCAAAGCAGCCGGGUCCACCGCCUCUGGAUUGUAUACAGUUAACAAUGACAAUAAUCAAACCUUCCAGGUGUUCUGUGAUUUGGAUUCAAAGCCUGGGUUCGCUUGGAACCUGAUUGAGUCGUUUAGCUUAUCCAACAAAGAUCGUUUUCAGGAGAACAUCGUGUUUUACGAUGACUACCAAGCCAUCAGCGGUGAUGCCCCAAACUGGCAGGCUUACCUCAUCAAACGACCCUACCUCCUUUGGCUCAAAGAUCACUCGACUCACUGGAGAGCUACUUGCCGAUACAACACAGAUGGUACCGUAUACACAGAUUACCUGAGAGCCUCGCUUGAAGACUUUGACAUCAUUAAAGACGUACCCACGGUGGUAGACACCUGUCGACCUUACGAAUAUGUCAACAUCCGGGGAAAUGAGUGUGUGAAUUGCACUGCAUUCACAGCGUAUAAAAAAGGCAUUUACUCUCUGCAUGUCGACUCUUAUUUUACCCAUCGGUCCUGCGAUUUCGACGCAAGCAAGUCGGCCAUAAAUGACGAGGACAACUUUGGAAUGUACAGUUCUACAAAUCCCAAAUUCCGUUGCACCUCAAACUCGGGUGAUACGACUCAGUUCUGGAUCGGAGGCAAAUAGUACGCUGACUGAAAUACACAGUUUUAUAGAUGGUGAUAAAUCUGUUGGUAUU